AUUACCAAGCAUCCUAAUGUCAACUUUUCCAUGCUUCUGCUGCCAAUAGGAUAGUAUCUAAACCAUUCCUCAAAGAUGGCUAAUCUUUGUAUAAGAAAUGUGUCUGGGAAAUAUUAUGUGUAAAUAACCAAGUUCCAUCUUUUUCUAAGAUUUUCCUGAUUUGUGAGACAACUGCCGUUGUGCAGGGGUAUUGAGGCUGUGGGGGACGGUGAGUGGAUGGGGGAGGGAGAUGCAGCUACUGUUUUGAGUUCAUGCAAAAUUCCAAGUUUCCAAGGUAUUUCUUUUCUAAGCUAUAUGUUUCCACAGUUGUAGCUGCACCCUCUCUUGUUUGCAAAGAGGGGAGGAAAGAGGGAAAGUUUGUUUUAAUCUAAAGAAGAAGAGGGAUCUGAUAACUAACGUCUAGAGCAAGGGAAGGAACCGUAGAUAAAAAGUAGUGUCAGAAUAUUUUGAUGGGGUUAGAGGAGAAGGUGGAAUGAAAUGUGAAAAAUUCUGGGCCCAUCUGACAGAAAUCUAGGUACAGAAUGCUCUUGCUUUCCCCCUCUUUUCAAGUCAUGCCUUUCCAAGUGAUCAAAAGGCACUGCUCUGAUGGUUACAGAAAGCAGCUGAGGCUCAAUCCCCAUCAGCCGCAGGCCCUGGUCCAAAGAGCAGACUAUGAACAAGGCGGCAGGAGGAGCAGAGCUGAGUCCUUAGCCUGGAUCUGAGGCAGAAUAAAGGGGACUGUGAAAACCAGAGUGGAGGGUCCACAGGGUGAAACUCCCUCCAGCAGUCCUGCCCCAGGAAGACAGGAAGGAAACCCACAGCCCUGUCAUGGGGGAAGAAUCCCAUGGGUCCCAAGAAAAGGUGGGAAGAGAACGAGCAGUGAGCGACCCGUGUUCGGAUGGCACAAGGGCAGCCCACACUCUGUUGUUUCGUUACAGCACCAGCAUCGCUCACAGAGCAGAAAGCCAGCAUGGAUUCCUCCUGAAUGCGUGUUUUUAAAAUGCCUCAGGCUGAAAUUACUACACAAGAUAGUGUUUACGUGAACUCGGGAAGCUCCGUGCAGGACUGGAUCUAGAUUUUCUAGGAACUGAAGUUGAGUCAGUUGUGGGGGGUGGCCUUCUUUAUGCAAAAUGGUGCAUAAUGAAGAAUUCAAAAUUAGCCACAGGGGACUGGAAAACACCCUAUGGAAGGGAGGGGCCGUGAACCUUGAGCUUCACUAACUUCCCGGUAUAACUGCCUCUGCUGGGUGAAGCAGAAGGAUCUGGGGGAGACCUGAGCUCAAAUCCUGUGUAUCUUAGUAGGUUUGGAAUCUUGGGCAAUUUGGUUCUCCUCUCAGAAGCUCAGUUUCUUACCUAUAAAUCACAGAUGAUGCCAGUCUUCCAGGUUUGUCAUAAAGACUAAGGAAGAAGUGUGUCGAAGUGCCCGGCACAGGGCCAUCCUCACUGCCAAUAAGGAUGGCUUUCUAUGGUGCUGAGUUUCAGUAGGUAUGGUUGUUGAUGAAGAGGUGAACACUAAUUACUGUGGUCAUUCUUGGAGACUGAGGAAGUAUCUUCAGUUCAUUCAAAUGUUUCAUGUAUCUGCUGAGUGGCCUGAGUACUCUGAGGCUCUUCUGUGUUCAGGAGGGGGCAGUGCACUGUCUUGAAAGGAAGCUCCUUCCAAUGGCACUAGGUCUGGACUUCACUCCCUGCCCCUCAGAACUGGGUCAGUGAUAACUCUUGGAGUAACUGGAGUUGCUGGGAGACAGACUUUGUACAGGUCAGGUAGAUGGGGAAUGAGCACACUGUCUCUUUUUUCUAUUGCAGCCUGAGGUCAGCUGUGGAAGAUUCAGAGCUGAAGGGAAACUGAGAGAUGACCCAGUCUCACCCUCUUAUUACAUGUAUGAAAGAUGGGGGCCCAGAGGCGUGGCAUGAAUGCCCCAAGGCCGACAGAUCCAGGUCUGAAUGGCGGCUCCUGCCUCCAGGAUAUCUACUGUGUUCAUUACACUGUCUUCAUCACACACUCUUGCCUCGUCUUCCGUUAAUGCCCUUUCUGUCCACCUCUCUCCCCACGCUGGUCGCCUUGCAGAUCUCACUGCCCUGUUCCAACAGUCACUUCUUCAGGCUCCCGCCUGCUAGUCCGCUGGUGCGUACGGAGUGUGCCUCGAUUGCUGAAAUCGUCCCUGGCGGAAACCAAGAACUGAGUCAGCAGCUCGGAGCCGCCGCUGGAACGCGUCCGCAGGACAUGGCCUGAGGGAGUCAGGAGGGCAUUUUGGGUGCUCCAGCCUGAUGGGGAUAUUUAGUGCCUGGAGAGCGUCCAGAGAAGAGUGAAGGGAACAGUGGGUGGGGUAAGAAAUAAGGACUCUCAGGAAAGAUGAAAGAGUUUGUGAUUAUUUAUCUUGGAGAGGAAAAAGCUGAGAGCAGCUUUCAAAAAGAGUUUCAAAUAGGAGACCAGCUGCAAUACAUUGUCCCUGGGGACAGAAUGAGGAAUAAGGGAACAUCAGCCAGAGGAUUUAGGCUACGGAGGUUUCCGACUUUAGCAGCCUAGUAGAGUCAUCCAGGGAGCUUUAAAAAAAAACCCAGUGUCCAAGCUACACCUCAGAACAAUGCAUCUAAAUCUUUAGGGCUGGGAGCCAGGCAUUGGUCACUUUUUAAUAUUUUCCCUGGUGAUUUCAGCGGGCAGGUAGGCUAAGGGUGCAGGUAAAAUUCCUAAUGGCUAAGGAUCAUGUGAUUUGGGAGGGGACAUGGAGUGGGGUGUGUGAUCUGACCUCCCUCCCUGGAAAUGACGUCAGCGGGUAACAGACUCCUAGCUCUGUGGGUGUUGAGGACAGAGCCUCAGUUAGAGCCUGGUUUCGACGUGGGAACUUCUUCAGAUGCAGUAGCUCCAGCCCUGGUUGUGGAGCAGCGUCGGCUUGUGGAGCUUGGAAAAUUCGAGAGAUCUGGGCCCCACCCUGGAGAUGUUGGAUCACAAUCUCUUAGGCCAGGCCCAAGCUAUAAAUUUAUAUAUGUUAUGUACAAUAUGUAUAUGUAGCCAAAUAGCUAGAGAGCCGGGUAUAGGUAGUUACACACAGCUCUCUAUACAUUAUAUGGCUCUACAGGUGAUUCUGCUGUGGUUGGUGCUGGGAACCACGUUCCCGGGAAGGAUCAUGUGCUCCUGAGUGAGCUGCUGCUCCCGUCGGCAGGCCCCCGUGAAAGGCACUGCACGGUUUGACACAUUAGCUUUGCCCUGAAAGCCCCGAGAGCUGCAUCAUGCCUGGGGAGACGUACGUGCUCACCCCUGCCUCCGCCUUCCCCAGUUUUCACCCUGCGGUGGGAGCCUGAUGUGGAUGUGUCAGCAGUUCCCAGACCCUGCACCCAGGAGACCCAAGGAUGUUGGUGCCUUGAGGGCGGCAAGGCCAGUCCUGCCAGACUUGUGCUCAACCCCAGACAGAGUUGUGAGGAACUGUCUCGAGCACUCAUCUACCAGGGUUCUCACACUUCCUUAAACUUAGCCUAGGCAAGGCAAAAUAUCCACCUCAUCACUCCGGCUUUAUAGAGAAAAAGAAAUUGGAGAGGAAUAAAGAUUGGAGAGGAAUGACGUAUCAGUCAACAUGGUAACAUGGCAGCACUUAUGCAAAAACAAUAGGAACAGCAAGAAAAACCAGACACUGUCUAAUGCAAAAGCAGCAACUCGAAAAUGACCCAGACUGAUCCCAAGGAUCCCGGACGCUGGGAUCCCCGCGGCCUGCCUGUGUCAGGACCCGGAGGGCUGGGCAGCAUCACCAAGGGCUGCGUGGUGUCCAGCUUCUCGGAGGACCUCGGUGAACCCCAGUUUUCCCGUGACUUCGGAUUAACAAAUGCAAGGUCAUUGAUAAGUUCAUUUCUGUCGUAUUUUAGAUUCCACACACAAGUGAUACCAUACGGUAUGUGUCUUUGUCUGGUUACUUCACUUGGUGUGAUGCUCUCUAGGUCCACCCUGUGGACACCUUGCUCCUGGCUGCAGCCUAGGAAGUGAUAGGAGCGGCAUCCAGACGCUGGGCCCCCUCGGCCUUGGGGCCCGAGCAGCCCCACCGCACACUCUGUGCUUCUGUGCUGGCGGGGCUAGGCUCCCUGACUCCACCCAGCGCUGUCCUGCUCCGCGUCAGUCAGCUCCUGCGCUGUGACAAGCUUUGCUUUGCUGUGAACCUUGGCACUUCCUUUUCUGUGUUGGUUUAGACGGUUAUUAAAAAAAAAUCAAUUCUAGCACAUUAUUUAAAAAUUCAAACAGUACUUAAAGCUUAAAAAGCAGAAGUGAAAAAUGUCUCUACUUCAUCUCCUGACCCCAACCCUACUCUCCAAAAGUAACUACUAAUAACUGUUCAGUGACUAUUUCUUCAGACUUUUCUACAUGCAGAUAAGUAUGUGUGUGUGUGUGUGUGUGAAGUUUUUCUAACUGUGCAGAGUUCUGUAAUCUACACAUGUUUAUUCUAAAUCACUGUCCAUUCCAAAUCCUAAGAUGCAAAAGGGUAAGAUAAAUGUGUGUGUAGAUUACACAACACCUGACCAAAGAAACACCUACUCUUGCAGGAUUUAUAGGAGCACUUAAGUAGGAGAGAGGGGUGGAAGGCAGAGCCACUCUACAGAUACCCAAGGUCACCAAGGAGGAGAGCUCACUGCCCACCAGCUCACACAUGCUGGCCUGCCCUGCGGGUGUGCACAGAAUCACUCGUGUGUGUGAGUGUCUGUGCCGAGGGGAGGGGAGGACAGGGGAGCAGGGGACAGAGGGUGGAAUGUGGGCUGGGCCAAGUUUAGAAUUACAAGUGCCGGAGGAGUGGGAACCACACUUUAAAUAGCCAGCACCUCCCUUUCCCCCUGGAUAAUUCUUCUCCCCUCUGACUGGACCUCUGGCAGCAACUACGCUAAGGUGGAAUGGAUAGCAGGGUCUCAGGCACAACCAGUAAUGGAGAGACAAAACCCGUGUGCCCGGGUGUGGAAAAGGCGGAGGAGGCUGGUGCUCUGCAGCGGGGACACUGGAACAACAAGAUGGAGUUUGUGCUGUCCGUGGCCGGGGAGAUCAUCGGGCUCGGCAACGUCUGGAGGUUUCCCUACCUCUGCUACAGAAACGGGGGAGGUGCCUUUUUCAUCCCCUACCUCAUCUUCCUCUUUACCUGUGGCAUUCCUGUCUUCCUCCUGGAGACAGCACUGGGCCAGUAUACCAGCCAGGGGGGCAUCACAGCCUGGAGGAAGAUCUGCCCCAUCUUUGAGGGCAUCGGCUAUGCCUCUCAGACCAUCGUCAUCCUCCUCAACAUCUACUACAUCAUUGUCCUGGCCUGGGCCCUCUUCUACCUCUUCAGCAGCUUCACCAUCGACCUGCCCUGGGGGAGCUGCCGCCACGACUGGAACACAGAGCACUGCGUGGAGUUCCAGAAGACCAACGGCUCCCUGAAUGUGACCUCUGAGAACGCCACCUCUCCUGUCAUCGAGUUCUGGGAGAGGCGGGUCCUGAAGAUCUCGGAUGGCAUCCAGCACCUGGGGGCCCUGCGCUGGGAGCUGGCCCUGUGCCUCCUGCUCGCUUGGGUCAUCUGCUACUUCUGCAUCUGGAAGGGGGUCAAGUCCACAGGCAAGGUGGUGUACUUCACAGCCACCUUCCCUUACCUCAUGCUGGUGGUCCUGUUGAUUCGAGGGGUGACGCUGCCCGGGGCUGCCCAAGGAAUUCAGUUUUACCUGUACCCAAACCUCACGCGUCUGUGGGACCCCCAGGUGUGGAUGGACGCGGGCACCCAGAUCUUCUUCUCCUUUGCCAUCUGCCUAGGGUGCCUGACGGCCCUGGGCAGCUACAACAAGUACCACAACAACUGCUACAGGGACUGCAUCGCCCUCUGCUUCCUCAACAGCGGCACCAGUUUCGUGGCCGGGUUUGCCAUCUUCUCCAUCCUGGGCUUCAUGUCCCAGGAGCAGGGGGUGCCCAUCUCUGAGGUGGCAGAGUCAGGCCCCGGCCUGGCCUUCAUCGCCUACCCCCGGGCUGUGGUGAUGAUGCCCUUCUCCCCACUCUGGGCCUGCUGCUUCUUCUUCAUGGUCGUCCUCCUGGGACUGGACAGCCAGUUUGUGUGUGUGGAAAGCCUGGUGACGGCGCUGGUGGACAUGUAUCCCCGUGUGUUCCGCAAGAAGAACCGGAGGGAGGUCCUCAUCCUUGCGGUGUCUGUCACCUCCUUCCUCUUCGGGCUGGUCAUGCUCACAGAGGGCGGUAUGUACAUCUUUCAGCUCUUUGACUACUACGCAGCCAGUGGCAUGUGCCUCCUGUUCGUGGCCAUCUUUGAGUCCCUCUGUGUGGCGUGGGCCUAUGGAGCCGGGCGCUUCUAUGACAACAUUGAAGACAUGAUUGGGUACAGGCCGUGGCCCCUUAUCAAAUACUGUUGGCUCUUCCUCACACCGGCUGUGUGCAUAGCCACCUUCCUCUUCUCCCUGAUCAAGUACACCCCACUGACCUACAACAAGAAGUACAUGUACCCAUGGUGGGGCGAUGCCCUGGGCUGGCUCCUGGCUCUCUCCUCCAUGGUCUGCAUUCCUGCCUGGAGCUGCUACAAACUCAGCACCCUCAAGGGCUCGUUCAGAGAGAGAGUUCGCCAGCUCAUGUGCCCAGCUGAGGACCUGCCCCAGUGGAACCGAGCGGGACCCUCCGCCCCGGCCACACCUAGGACAUCGCUUCUCAUACUCACAGAAUUGGAGUCUCACUGCUAGAGGCCAGGCCCUGGGACCAUGGGCCAGUGAGCCUAGCUGUGGGGACAGUUGCAGAAGAGGGGACAUGUUGGAUCCAUCUCUGAGCUGGGCACCUCCCACCCCAGCUUCCCUGCUCCAGGGGCGGCUGGACAGGUGUGAAGGGCCAGGAUCAAGAGCAUCCCUUUGAGAGGGGCCUUGGGAGGCUGGGUGAGGCUGGGGGCGGGGGA